ACCAGUUCCCGGGGCGAUGAUUGGUGCCUGGACGAGCGCGGGAAGAAGAGGUGGCGCGCGUGCUGUUGGACCGCUUGAGUCACUCGCUGGCAGCAGCAGAGGUCGUGGGUUGCCGUCUAGUGAAGGGAUGGCAGCAUGACGUCCCUGUCGUCUUGGAGGAGAUGGCAGCUCAUUCUACCAUGCACUUUGCUGGCUGCCUUUCUCUGCCUAGGAACAUACCACCAGCCCCAUCAGGAGGGUCAGGCCGCUACCCUCACCGUACUUGAGGCCGCCCUGGACGCUAGGAACACCGAGGUAGAUGGUGUCGCUACUUCGUCUACUGCACCUCCAGGACAAGACGCUAGCGAGUACGGCCUCACCACCUCCACUGUGAAGACCUCGGGCGCCAGCCGUAUCGUAGCGCCGAAGAGGGUCUACGUGCCACUGGUGAAGAGGAGUAAGGAGGGCAGGAGCAAGAAGGGCAAGGUUGGCAAGGGCAAGAGGAAGGCGUGGUGGCCGGUGGAGCUGCUGCCCACUAACGCCUCGGCUCUCCUGACCCUGGCACAUGGGUCGAGGCUCACAACACAGGAGGAGGGAGGAGGCGUGAAGGAGAGGCUGCAGGUGAUGGUGGAGAGGGCGACCCACGUGGCCAGAGUGUGUAGCACCCGGACCCGUCACGACAACACAGCUGGUCGUCUCGUCUGGCGCCUCGACCAGACCCCCAGUAUGGUCUGGUGUCCCAGGUACAGCCAGGCACGGGAGUCGGACUUGAGCUACAACCCAACCAAGGGCAAGGAAAAGGCCGAGGCCUUUCAGAAGAGCCUUCGGGCCAUUUUCGUCGGUCACCCCUUCACCAGGCUCCUGACGGCUUAUCUGGAGAAGCUGACCACGAAGCACCCGACGCCUCCCAAGUACCGCAAGCUGCAGCAGACCAUCGUCUCCCAGUACCGGUCCCUGGCCUCCAGGUCCCUGGCUUCCAGGUCCUCCAGGUCCUCCAGGGGUCCCGUCUUCCCCACCUUCCCACAGUUCGUCCAGUACGUCCUCGACUCCACCAGUAACUUCACCACCAGCAAGCACUGGAGACAGACGGUGACGGUGUGGACGCCGUACUGGGCAGAAUGUAGUGUCUGCAGCAGCGACUACAACGUCAUCGUGAAGCAGGAGACGAUGGAGGAGGACCUGAGGUUCCUCGCUGCCCUCACCGACCUUAAACACUCAGAGGAAUUGGCGAAGGAGACUUGGGGACGCUUAGGUAACGAGACCUGGACGAGAAAGGCAGCAGCAGAAUCUCCUACUACAAGCAGCAGCACCACCACCAUCAGCAGCAGUAUCAGCAAGAAGUUCUUCAGCCAGCUGACCCGUCAACAGCUGAAAGAACUCUACAAGCGUUACGAGACAGACUUCCAACUCUUCGGGUACAGCGCUGAUGAGCACCUCGCCCUGGCCAGAGAGGGCUGACUGACGGAGCCAGCCCUGCAGUAACAUGUCACGAAAUCCUUGAUCUACCAGGAAAUCUGACCAAAGCUGGAACGCUACAAUCGAGUUCUGAGAAGACACAGGACAUGACCAAUGCAGUAACGCAAGCUUUCCAGGUCGGCCGCUGGAAAAUAUAUCGAUAAAUGUGUUUAUU